AGGCGGAGCCAACGCCGAUCCGCCGGCAGGGGGCGGUGGGGCCAGGAGCCUCGCCUGCUCUGCGGCUCCGCCAUUAAUCCAGCGCCCAGCCGGCGGGAUCGAAGAGGAGCGAGCGAGCGAGCGAGAGAAAAGGCGCGGCGCCGUCGGAUUCCCCCAGCCCGCGAUCCGGGGACCGGGCUCCGCUUCCCGGCGGGGCGCCCGGGUGCAAGGGGGCCGAGCAGCCGCCCCGCUUGCACCGGGAUUGCAGGAAGGAGUUCCCUCUCCAAAUCAAGAGAGCUUCACAGUGUCGGCUGUAACCUGGAAGCUAACACACUCCUGGCUUGGGAUUCCACUCUGCCAGUCUAGAGGAGAAAAUGUGUCUUGGAUUUCAAGUGAGCAUUUGAAAAAAGAAAAAAAAAGUGGAAAAAGGCUUCCCCUCCAGUUAGCUCAAUCGGAACCGGGUGUUUAUAACAAGCGAUCCAGUUCCAAACUGGUGGUUUGACAGCUGGGGUUAGACAUGGAGCCAAAAUCUAGAACUCCACAAGGGGAAGACGGUCUGGAUCGGGUAAGGAAAGCCUGCAGUGAGGAUUUUUCCAAAUGCACAGAGAUGGAGCCCUUAGGAUGGAAGCUCCCACAAGGAAUCAAACGAGAAUCUUGUCGAGUGAUGCAGCAACCCUGGAAAACCCAAUGGCGGGACUUUCUGAAGACCUUGCCGUGUCCCCACGUGGGAUGGGAGGAGGACUCCGAGGUGCUGGGCAACACCCCUUGGGAGGACCCCAAGGCCUUCCUGGUCUCCUUUGAGCAGGUGGCCCAAGCCUGCCAGUGGCCCAAGGGCGAGUGGGUGACUCGGCUCCUGCCAGCCCUGAGCGGAGAAGUGAAGCGGGCCUUCAGUGGCCUAGAAGCCAGAGACAAGGAGGAUUAUGGGAAAGUGAAGGCGGCCAUCUUGAGAGGGGAAGCCAUCAGGAUCGAGGUGCAACGGCAGCACUUCCGUCAAUUCCGCUUCCAGGAGAUUGAAGACCCGCGCAGGGUUUACGGACAAUUGCAAAGGCUUUGCCGCCAGUGGCUGAAGCCGGAGAGACGCAGCAAGGAGCAGAUCCUGGAGCUGCUGAUCCUGGAGCAGUUCCUGACCAGCCUCCCACCGGAGCUCCAGAGCUGGAUCCGAGCAGGAGGACCGGACACCUGUUCCCAGGCGGUGGCCCUGAUAGAGAAUUUCCUGUUGAACCGGCAGGAGGCUAAGGAGCCACCGCAGGAAGUGAUCACCAAGAGUUCCCUGGGUGAAGAGAGGGUUACUUUGAAGAUUGACCAGGAAGAGAUCUAUAAAGACAUUAAACAGAACAAUAAUGGAGUUAUCCAUUUGCUGGAUAAUGGAAGUAAAGAAUCUAGUGGUUCCAGCUCCUUGCUUCCUCCCGAGGGAGAAGAAACAGAUAAAGCUUCUCCUAGUAAGGACCUCCUGGACUUGAAAGAUGCUGGCGUUUCGUUGAAUGUGGUCGAUCCAACCCCGAUCCAACCGGGCCAGCAGACCAUGUUCUGGCAAGUCAUGCAGGAGGAGGAUGGGGAUGCAGAUUCUUUGGAGGGACUCUUGGUGCCCAAACCGGAUCUUGCAUCCAAUCCAGAAGAAGAGGAGGAGCCGGUUUUCGUCCAAUUUCCUGUUGAAAGUGAGAGAAUUCCAGAUCACGAAUCAGGAAGCCAAAAGCCGCCGCUGACCAUCCCUGAACGGAUGAGAAACCUUCGCAAGGCUCCGCAGGAAAGGAGAGCAGACGUCGGUCCCUCCCGAGGUGGAAUUGGGGACUCUGCGGCAAGAAGCCCUCUCCAGGACCCGGCCUUGCCAGGGUCCCGCAAGGCCAAGCCGGCCCCCUCGAGUGAAAUCGAGAAGGCGUGGGAAGAGUGCGAAAGGAAGGCGGUGGAGAAGCUGGAAGGCUACUUACGAGAGAAAGGCUGGAAACUUCAGACGGCGCAUUCAAGCCAGACUGGGAUCCUCCAGGAUGUCUUGUCCAUCGUGUGUAAAGGCCGCACGGCUGCGUCUCUGCCCGUUCUUACGUCUCCUGUCCAAGGGCCCCCCCUUUCUUCCCAGACGCCUCCUUCUGAAGUAUCGACAGAGUCUCGAAUCUCAUCGGAGGCGGGCAAGGACUCAGCAACUUCUUCGCCGCCUCCUUCUCUUCCUCCUCUUUCUCUCUCUUCUCAGGGGGGUUUGUCGGACCGAAGCAUUCGCCUGAAAAGGAAGCGUUCCCUCCCGGCCCGCUUUCAGUGCUGACCAUGCUUUAUUUCCCUUUCGGAUCGCGCGUUAGCCGGUUAGUCGGAUCUCACACACACACACACACACACACCGUCCUUUGGGUUUUGGGCUUGUGUCUUUGGCGCUUCCCUCUUUUCUUUACACUGGUGGAAUCGAAGGAAGGGUGGUGUUUGAUGCUGGCUUCCCCAGGAGGAAAUAAAACCGUGAUAAACGAAACUUUAUUUCUUGUUUGGGGCACAAUGAGGUGUUUGGGGGGGGGGGUGUGUCGGUAAUUUCCUGACAGGACAGGACAACCUUCCCAGAUUCUAGGCAGAGUGUCGGGAUCAGCUCUGAGGUUCUGUUAAUUUUUUUUAUUAUUUUUUUAAGUUUACUGAAUUUAUACGCCAUCAAACUCCCAGUGAGUUUGGGUGGUAUAAUUUGCCUUUUUUUUUUUAACGGUCAGCAUAAGGAGCAUAACUGGUUUAACUGCAGUUACAAGUAGACCAGGGGUCU